GUUAAUCAUUUAGAAUGAUACCUUGGUGUGCUUUUUCCUUCAAAAAGAGAGUAUACAGCUACGAUAAAUUGUUCAUUUGGGAAAUUACAAAAUAAUUUAAAAAGAAAGAUGACAUGACUGUUCAACAAUGCAAGUUGAUCAUGGAUCAUUUUUUCAAUUUUUUGUUUUAUCAAACAUACUUCUAGAAACCAUUAUCUGUGAAUUUACAAAAGAAAUCCCAUUUCCAAAGCAUGUUGACAGCGUAGAACAUUCCCUUAUAUGGGCAGUGAAAAUAAAGGAUGUGGACCAUGAUAUAUUUAAUUUGGAUAUUUCAAGACAAAGUGGAGAUACAAGGAACAUUCAUGAUCAUGUUGUUUUCCAGUUUUCUUCCAAUUCAGAAAAUAAACAAUCCAAUUUUCCUCUUGCCCAGAAGAUAACAAAUGAUUGCAAAUUAGUUUAUAUUGAAACUAUAGACAUCUUAAAAGAUACAUAUUUAUUAGGAUUUGAUAUAGAUAAGCUUCAUCAUUUUAAUUCCACAUAUGACAAUAGUUCUUCCAUUUUAAAAUCAUACAGUACUCUUCAUACAAAGCUUUUACAUAAACACUAUACACAACACAUCCCAGACUUGUCUUUCAACUUCAUCCGUGAUUCCCUGUCUCAUUGUUUGGAGAGGCACCCUAUGGUGGAAUGGUUCAGUCAGCAAAAUAUACGAAGGAGAACCAAGAGGGAAACUCCGUUUCAUUUUGUAGAUCCAUUCUUUAAAUUACAGUGGCAUCUUAUUAACAAUAAACGGAAAGACAUGGACAUUAAUGUAACAGGGGUAUGGGAGAGAAAUCUCACAGGUCAAGGGGUCACAGUGGCUGUCGUUGACGACGGUGUAGAAUGGAAUAACCUUGACCUCAAGGACAAUUACAACAGUGCAGGAAGCUGGGACCUGAACUCAAAUGACCCUGACCCUUCUCCAAGUGCCUCAAAAGAUUCUAACCACCAUGGAACACGGUGUGCUGGAGAAAUAGCAGCAGUCCCAAAUUCUUACUGUGCUGUGGGGGUAGCUUACAGGGCACAGUUUUCAGGGCUGAAGGUUCUUGAUGGACCAAUGACAGACAGUCUGGAAGGUCAGGCCUUCAAUAAAAACCUACAGAUCAAUGACAUUUACAGCUGCAGCUGGGGUCCAGAUGAUGAUGGAAAAACUGUGGAUGGACCACAUGUUCUGGCAAAGGCAGCCAUGCAGUAUGGCAUAGACUUUGGCAGACAUGGAUUUGGGAGUAUAUUUGUUGUUGCUAGUGGCAAUGGAGGUCGUUUCCAAGACAACUGUAACUAUGAUGGCUAUGCCAACUCUAUAUAUACAGUCACUGUUGGUGCGGUUGAUGAGGAAGGAAACAUGCCAUUUUAUGCUGAAAAGUGUGCCUCCAUGCUUGCAGUCACUUUCAGUAGUGGAACUUCAAAUCAUAGAAGCAUAGUGACCACUGACUGGACAUUGAAGGGAGGGGGAGGGUGUACCACCACCCACUCAGGGACCAGCGCCGCGGCACCGCUAGCGGCGGGGAUGCUGGCUCUCAUGUUACAGGCCCGCCCCUGUCUGACCUGGAGAGAUAUACAGUACCUCAUCAUAAUGACGGCUCAGAAAGUGGAUGUAGAUCACUCAGAAUGGAAGAGAAACCAAGCUGGAUUAUACCACAGUCACAAACAUGGCUUUGGACUCAUGAAGGCCUGGAGACUUGUUAAUGCAGCAAAGGUGUGGGAGACAGUUCCAUGGAUUACGUCAUACCUGUAUUCCAGUGAAGGAAUCCAUCUACAGAUUCCUAAAGGGACCAAUCAACCUUUAACAAUCACUCAUACAGUGACAGAGGAAGAUAUCACAGGGCUGAAUCUGUUUAUCCUGGAGCACAUUCAGUUGUUUGUGACGAUCACUCAUCCAUGUCGCGGCAAACUGGAGAUUGUCCUUACCUGUCCAAGUGGUACUCACUCUAUUGUAGCCACUCCAAGGGCAGCUGACAGGUCAGAUAAAGGGUUUCAGGACUGGGCUUUCAGCACUGUAAGAUGUUGGGGUGAGGAUCCAAUAGGGGUGUGGAAUAUAACCAUUACUGAUCAUGAUACCAGGACAUAUGGGGCUGGUUAUAUACAAAACUGGAAACUUAAGCUCUAUGGAACUUGGAUCACAAAGCAACAGUUUGCAGACAGAAAAAGCCGGAUUGAGGAGGCAAUGGAUGGUCGGUUCCUCGAUGACAGUUACCAACUGCCCUGCCCCAAGGCGGGCCUUGACGCUCCCCCAAAACACCCUCUGUCUCCAAAAUUACUGAAGUUCCUUGUGUUAGCCAGUAUAUUUUGCCUGGUGAUGGCGUUAUAUGAAACAUUCGAGUAUGCAGUAUGUUACCGUGAUGAGAAGAAAGCACAGAGACAGAAAAUGAUGGCAAACCUUCAGAAUCAGCAGCCAUCUAGAAACAAAACUACUGAUGAAGCAGAUCAGUCUGAGUCUCAGAGACUCUUAGACACUGAAUCAGACACAGCCAUCUCUAUGGAAACUUUUGAUGUUCGUGAGAAUGUUCCAGAUUUCGAGGAUGGCACAGAUAAUCAAGAAAACAGUGAACUUCAACAGUUGAUUACUAAUUAGAAAAUAAGGCAUAUUAAAAGUGAAAAAGUGGUGCUUUCAAAGAGUGUUCAGUGUCUAGGUGUUUAUUUGAAAUGGUGCUAUAGGUGUACAGUUGUAUAUUCAAGAUUUCCAAAAACUUACAUGUAUUGUGUUUUUUAUCCAGGACAUGUCUUUCAUUUUUAUUCAGUCUAUGCACUUCUUCCUAUUAUUAUUUGUCAUUGUGACAGUCACUUUCUGAGUAUGAGGGAUUUAUUGUUUUUGAGAGGAGAAUUACUGUCUUUUUAUGUUUAUUCAAUAUUUUUUAAUAAAAGGAAAGGCCGGAAGGCAACAAUGCUAA